UUUUUGCUUCUCUCAUCUGUUCCUUCUGUCUCAGACAACCAAAUUUGCAACAGAGGCAGAUUUUUAGAAAACCCCACUUGAACAAGGAAUCUUCGAGAAUCUCUCUCUUUCUUAUGGUGCUUCACUGAAAAGCAAACUACAUAUCCAUGGAAGAUAGCUUUCUUCAAACUGAGAACGCGGUUAUGGAUUCUGAGUUCAUGGAUGGAUUGCUACUAGAUGGUUGUUGGUUGGAGACAACAGAUGGAUCUGAGUUUCUUAACGUAGCUCCUUCAACUUCUUCUGUUAGCCCUUUUGAUCCUUCUUCCUUCAUGUGGUCUCCAACUCAGGAUACUUCAGCAAUCUGCACAUCAGGAGUAGUAUCUACGAUGUACGGUCAGGACUGUGUAGAAAGAUCCAGUCUUGAUGACUUUCAAUGGAACAAAAGAUGGUGGAUUGGACCAGGAGGUGGUGGUUCUGUUACUGAGAGAUUGGUUCAAGCAGUUGAACACAUUAAAGAUUAUACAACAGAGAGAGGCUCACUUAUACAAUUAUGGGUUCCGGUUAACAGAGGCGGUAAGCGAGUUUUGACCACAAAGGAACAACCUUUUAGCCACGAUCCGAUGUGUCAAAGACUUGCAAACUACAGAGAGAUCUCUGUGAAUUAUCACUUCUCUGCUGAGCAAGAUGAUUCCAAGGCCUUAGCUGGUCUGCCUGGAAGGGUUUUCUUGGGUAAGCUUCCUGAAUGGACUCCUGAUGUUAGGUUUUUCAAGAGCGAGGAGUAUCCGAGAGUACACCACGCACAGGACUGCGGUGUCCGUGGAACGCUAGCGAUUCCGGUGUUUGAACAAGGUAGUAAGAUUUGCUUAGGGGUUAUUGAGGUUGUAAUGACCACUGAGAUGGUUAAACUAAGACCUGAGCUUGAAAGCAUUUGCAAGGCACUUCAGGCAGUUGAUCUUAGGAGCACUGAACUUCCGAUCCCGGCUUCUCUAACGGGAUGUGACUUAUCCUACAAAGCUGCGUUACCUGAAAUCCGGAACCUUUUGAGAUGUGCUUGUGAGACUCAUAAACUACCUUUAGCUCAGACAUGGGUCUCUUGUCUUCAGCAAAACAAAAGCGGGUGCCGUCACAACGAUGAGAACUACAUCCAUUGCGUAUCAACCAUUGAGGAUGCGUGCUAUGUUGGUGAUCCAACAGUCCGCGAGUUCCACGAAGCUUGCUCUGAGCAUCACCUCUUGAAGGGCCAAGGAGUUGCAGGUCAAGCCUUCAUGACCAAUGGUCCUUGCUUUUCGUCUGAUGUAUCUAAUUACAAGAAAUCAGAGUACCCUCUCUCUCACCACGCUAAUAUGUAUGGUUUACAUGGCGCUGUUGCAAUUCGUCUGCGCUGCAUCCACACGGGCUCUGCUGAUUUUGUCUUGGAGUUCUUUUUGCCCAAAGACUGCGAUGAUCUGGAGGAACAGAGGAAAAUGUUGAAUGCCCUUUCAACUAUUAUGGCUCAUGUGCCUAGAAGUUUAAGGACUGUUACAGAUAAAGAACUAGAAGAAGAGAGUGUAGUGAUAGAAAGGGAGGAUAUAGUAACGCCAAAGAUAGAAAACGCAUCGGAACUACAACACCUCCACGAUAAUUCCCCAUGGAGCGCCUCUCUUGAAGAAAUCCAGAGUAAUAAUACUAGUAAUUCUCAGAAUCUUGGAUUGGUAUUUGAUGGAGACAAACCAAAUGAUGGGUUUGGCUUAAAAAGAGGUUUUGACUACACCAUGGAUUCUAAUGUCAAUGAGAGUGGCACAUUCUCUAGUGGCGGUUUCAGUAUGAUGGCCGAGAAAAAGCGCACAAAAGCAGAUAAAACCAUUACUUUGGAUGUUCUUCGACAGUAUUUUGCAGGGAGCUUGAAAGAUGCAGCCAAAAAUAUUGGUGUUUGUCCAACGACCUUGAAGAGAAUAUGCAGACAGCAUGGUAUACAGAGAUGGCCGUCAAGAAAGAUCAAGAAAGUGGGACAUUCACUGCAGAAGAUUCAACGGGUGAUUGAUUCGGUUCAAGGUGUGUCUGGUCCUCUUCCCAUAGGCUCUUUCUAUGCAAAUUUCCCAAAUUUAGUCUCACAGUCACAAGAACCAUCACAACAAGCCAAGACCUCCCCUCCUCCUCCACCGCCAGUGCAGCUUGCAAAGUCCCCUGUUUCCUCAUAUAGCCAAAGUUCAAACUCAAGCCAAUGUUGCUCCAGCGAAACCCAACUAAACAGCGGGGCAACAACAGAUCCUGCUUCAGCUGAUGUAGGAGGUUUACUGAAGAAGACGAGCAGCGAAAUCGAGCUUCAAAGUUCGAGUCUUGACGAGACAAUAUUGACUCUCUCCAGUUUAGAAAACGUCCCUCAAGGGACCAACUUGAUAUCAUCUCAAGAUGAUGACUUUCUAAGGAUUAAAGUUAGUUACGGAGAAGAGAAGAUCAGACUCCGGAUGAGGAAUUCACGCAAGUUAACAGAUCUGUUGUGGGAGAUUGGAAAGCGGUUUAGCAUAGAGGAUAUGAGCAGGUAUGAUCUAAAGUACUUAGACGAAGACAAUGAAUGGGUUUUGUUGACUUGUGAUGAAGAUGUAGAAGAGUGUGUAGAUGUCUGCAGAACUACACCAAGUCAAACUAUUAAGCUUUUGCUUCAAGUUUCUUCUCAUCAAUUCCCUGAACGUUCUUCAGCUACAGAAUACAGUUUAUGGCACUGACCUCAAAUCAGUGACAGAAAGAAGAAACAGAAGCGUUUUAGGACAUGGAUACAAAAGAUAACACCUUUUGUGUUCUGUUACAAUUGUUCAUAAUUUUAUCUGUUUUUUUUUUUUAAGAUUACUAGGAGGUGCUUUGGGUUUUGUUUUUAAAACCUCACCAGAGACGAGAACAUGUAAAGAUCCUUUCUUCCUGAGAAAUUGAAGAUUGGCUUUUAUUUUCUGAAAUUCCUUUGUAAUGCGGUUUUCAAAUAUAGGUACAUAUAAAAGAACUUCAAUU